AUGGGCCGGGACCCGAAGAUAUGGGAGGAUCCUCUGACGUUUAAGCCGGAAAGAUUUCUAGAGAACGGGGAAGCACAUGGGUUUGAUAUGACCGGGACUCGAGAGAUCAAGAUGAUGCCCUUUGGAGCGGGACGGAGGAUGUGUCCCGGUUACAGCCUCUCGCUGCUUCACCUCGAAUACUUUGUGGCCAAUUUGGUUUGGAAGUUCGAGUGGAAAUGUGUGGAAGGUGAAGAGGUUGAUCUAUCCGAGAAGCAACAGUUCAUCACAAUGGUCAUGAAGAACCCUUUCAAGGCAAAUCUUUGUCCAAGGGGAAAGUGA